GUGGUGAUACCGUCUUGCUCCCUUCCCCUUCUCCAAUUGAAAGCUCAAUAAAUAGACCUUAUCAGAUCCUUCUUCCCUCCUUCCUUCUUUUUUUUCCUUUCCUUCCAUUCAACCACCCACCCCAUCCAUUCCAUCAUUUAUUCCUAGGUAGGUAUCCAAAACCACCACCAAGAUAUAAAAAAAAGAAAAAAAUGGUCGUCGCCGUCCUCCCCGCCCUCAUCCCCGACAUUCGUCGCGUGUACGAGUCCUACUUCACCGCCUUCAAGGGCGAGCGCAUGGGCGAAAUCAUGCUCCAGAUCCUUUUUCCCGGCAUCGACACGGACGCGCCCGACUUCCGCGCCGCCCACGCCAAGGGCACCCUCGAGUACUGGCACACGUCCGACACGCAGUACACGUACAAGGCCGUCGACAUGGCCGACGGCGAGAUCCUGGGCAUGGGCCUGGUCGACAUUUAUGUGCGGGAGCGGUCCGAGGAAGAGCGCCGGAACCACGGCGUCCCCUGGCUGGAGGGCGAGCAGCGCGAGAGGGCCGAGAAGGUGCUGAAUCCUUUGCAUGAGAUGCGGGAACAGUUGUUUGGUGGCAAGCCUUAUAUCUAUGCCCAUGUCAUCGCCGUCGACCCUAAACACCAGGGCCGCAAAGGUGGUAUGGCUCUUGCCAAGUACGGUUUUGAAAUGUCGGAGCGGUGCCAGCUGCCCGUCUACUUCGAGGCCUCCCCUUCGUCUAUCGGUCUUUAUACGAAGGCCGGCUACGAGGUCCUCAAGGAGACUAUUGUCCACAAGGCUGAGACGCUCGGCACCGAGGAAGAUGUCGUUGUUCCUUUGGUUGUCCGCAUGCCCUCGUCGGCAAACGGUAUGAGUUUUUAUGAGUGGAGGGAGAAGGGAUACCCCAACUUUAACGCUCCCUCUACCAAGACCAAGUUGUAAGGAGUGCAAACUUGUUGUUGUCCUGUGAUGGCUUGGAGGAGGUCAAGAAUAAUGUCUUGUAAUGUUUAGUAUGGCUUGGAGUUUUGGGUAGGCUUGGGUAAAUAAAAUUAUUGGAUUGAAGGUGUUGCCC